UCUGUGAUUUCUACAACCCUAUUGGUGAGUGUGAGUGGCAUUAUAAUCCGUGUGGAUACCCCUGUAUGAAGACCUGCAAGAAUCCCUCAGGAACAUGCUCCAGUCAGAUCCCUGCGCUGGAAGGUUGCUAUCCAAAAUGUCCURCGGCCACGCCUUAUUUGGAAGAAAGUACCAUGAAGUGUGUCCSUAUCGUGGACUGUGGUUGCUACGAUGGAGAUGGAACUCAUUACAACGAGGGAGAGGUUAUACCUUCCAAGGAGAACUGUCAGAGUUGUCGUUGCUCAUCAACUGAGGCCAGUUGCAGCUAUGAUGUCCAAGCUUGCUAUUGUUUAUACGACGGCAGAACAUACCCGUAUGGAGCGACCAUAUAUCACACAUCUGACGGUGAUGGGACCUGUAUUACCGCCAUCUGCAAAGAGAACGGAACCAUUGUCCGGAUUAUGAAUCCCUGUACCACCACCCCAACUCAAACAACUACACCAAAUGUUACAACAACACAGAUAUCCACUCAAGCACCGACCACUAUUGUUUUCUCAACUCUUACCACUACCCCAACUACCUCCACAACCCCUACCACUACCCCAACAACAACCCCUACCACUACCCCCACAACAACCCCUACCACUACCCCCACAACAACCCCUACUUCACCAACAACCACUUCACCCACUACUACUCCACACUGUCCGACUGUCUGUGAUUGGUCAGACUGGAUUGACAAUCACUAUCCUUCAUUUGGACCAGAAGGCUGA